GAAAACAACGUUCGCGAAUUUGACUACUCUGAAGUACUCCUGAGCUCGCUCACAAAAUAAACAACACAUUCCGGUGUACAGUACACCAGACAACACGACAAACAACCUAUCAUGGCGGACGCGCACGACCGCAGGUGGGGCGAGGAAGAGGAAGAGGAAGAGGAGCUUGACGAGACCAGCUACAAGUCGAUCAAAGAUGCCGUUCUUUUCGCCAUUGAUGUCAGUCCUACCAUGCUGGAGCGCCCACCAGCUUCGGAAGACAAAAAGGCAGAUCGCGACUCGCCAACCUCUGCUGCGCUCAAGUGUGCUUAUCAGUUGAUGCAGCAGCGCAUCAUCUCAAACCCAACAGACAUGAUGGGCAUACUACUUUUCGGCACAGAGAAGACUGACCUCAAAGACGGCGACAGCACAUUCCAAAACUGCUAUCUGCUAUCAGAUCUUGACGUACCAUCAGCACAGGACGUCAAGAGACUGAGAGAUCUGGUCGAAGACGAAGAAGAGGCGGAGAAGUUACUGAAACCCAACAAAGAUGGAGCCAGCAUAGCUACGGUUCUCUUCUGUGCAAACCAGAUCUUCACCACCAAAGCACCGAAUUUCUCUUCGAGACGCCUCUUCCUAGUUACAGACAAUGACUACCCAGUCAAAGCGAAGCAGGACAAGGACGCUGCAGUGACGCGAGCGCGCGACUUGUACGAUCUGGAUUGCACCAUUGACUUGUUUCCGAUCUCGCGACGUGACCAUAGCUUCGAUCGAACGCGAUUUUACGAUGACCUCGUCUAUCCCACAUCUCCUUCAGACCCUGACGCGCCAGUCGCUAUCCCUUCGACCACCAAAGUCACCAAGAGCGGCGAAGGUAUCUCGUUGCUUCGACAGCUGCUGUCCUCCAUUAACUCGAAGGCCGCCGCUCGCCGAGCGCUAUUCUCAUUACCCCUGGAACUUGGUCCUGGCCUGAAGAUAGGGGUGAAAGGGUACCUUCUGCUCAAGCGGCAAGUGCAUGCUAAAUCUUGUUAUGUCUGGGUCGGUGGUGAGAAGACACAGAUUGUACAGCAAUCAACAUCACACAUGGCCGACGAUACAGCGCGAGUAGUCGAGAAGACUGAGCUGCGAAAAGCGUACGAAUUCGGCGGAGACGCUAUCACAUUCCUACCAGACGAGGUUACACGGAUACGGCAGUGCUUUGGCGACCCAGUGAUCCGCAUCAUCGGCUUCAAGCCCAUCUCCAGCGUCCCGAUUUGGGCAAACACCAACAAGGCCACAUUCAUCUACCCUUCUGAAGCUGACUUUAUCGGUUCAACGCGUGUCUUCUCAGCACUGCAGCAGAAGCUGAUCAAGUCGCAGAAGAUGGGUCUCGUAUGGUUCAUCGCCCGCCGUAACGCCUCUCCAACACUCUGCGCACUCCUUCCCUCUGAAGAGAAGACCGAUGAGGACGGGGAACAACAGAUGCCGCCCGGCCUGUGGCUCAUCCCCCUUCCUUAUGCAGACGAUAUUCGCCUAUUCCCCGAGCAACCAGAUGCACCUCUCAAAACCACGGACGCACUUACAGACAAGAUGCGCAUCAUCAUGGAGCAACUACAGCUGCCAGGUGGCGUAUACGAUCCGAGCAAGUAUCCUAACCCAGAUCUGCAGUGGUUCUACCGCAUCUUGCAAGCCAUGGCCCUCGAUGAAGACAUACCCGACACCCCCGUCGACAAGACGGUCCCACGCUUCAAACAGAUCGACAAGCGCUGCGGUGAAUACAUCGAAGACUACGGCAGAGCAUUCGAGGAGACGUACGUACAGUUGUCUCGCGGGUCACUUGCUGUUCGUGGCAAGCCGGCUGCAAAGCGGAGGACGGCGGAGCCAGAGGAUGGAGAGAAGCCAGCAGCUAAACGUGUAAAGGCCGAGCCGAAGGCCAAGAAUGAGGACGGUAAUAAUGACGGGCUGACGGAUCAGCAGAUGGCAGUGAGCAAUGACAAGGGGCAGAUCAGCAAGCAGACUGUCGCGGUGCUGAAGGCGUAUCUGAGUCAAAGGGGGCAAGCGACGGCGGGAAAGAAAGCGGAUCUCAUCGAGAGGGUACAGGAGUAUCUUCAGAGCAAGGGCAUGUAAUGAACACCGCAAGACAUUGCAAGGUGAAUGGGCGCUCAUGAUAUGGCGACAACUGCUACAACUGGAACACAGAAAUGAAGCGUUGCAUGAGCCUGCCGCUUCAGCACAACAUGAGGGAUGCUCAUUGAUGCUAGUAAUUAGGGCACCAGUCGAUGAAUACCCGACGG